AAUCCUCUCAGUCCUCUGCUGGCUUUUCUUUAUUAGUAUGAAGUUCAAUUCCCUGUGCUCUGCACUACACCAUUAACAUUGGGCUUUUGUCUUUCAGGCAUACCUGUAUCAUUUGUUUUCCUUGUUUCUGUCUGCCUCAAUUUAUAGUUAUAGGUUGAGACUCUGUAGCAUUUGAAACACCAAGCUACUUUUACGAGCAUUCUUGUUUGUUUGAAUCUGUAACUAAUGGCAGCUUCUUCUUCUAACACUGCGGGACAACCCAAGCAUGUUCCUCGAAAUGCUUCUGAUGAACGUGAUCCUGUUGCAUCCGGCCAACAAGUAAGUGUUUUUGAUGGCUUAAUAAUACCCCCACCUGAUUCUGUUUGUACUUCUGCGGAAUCCUCAUCCAGAAGGAAACGACUGCCUUAUGAUAUCUUCAUAAAUCAUCAUGGAGGAGAUGCCAAACAUACGAUAGCAAACAGUAUCUACAGAUCUUUAGAUGCUACUGGACUGAGGGUAUUUUUAGAUAAAGAUGAGCUAACGCCUGGGGAUUUCUUUCCUAGAGCUCUAGAAGAAGCGAUGCGUAGUGUGUCACUCCAUAUAGCUAUUUUUUCUGAGCAUUAUGCGGAGUCCCCCUGGUGUUUAGCGGAGUUGGCAUUUAUGUUAGAAACUGGCACUAAAUUUAUCCCCAUUUUCUAUCAUGUUGACCCGGCUACUUUAAGAUGGGCUAUAAAAGGAAAAGGAAGGUAUGCAGAUGCCUUGUCUAAGUAUGAAAUGAAAAGCAGCGACGAGCAUGAAAAGAAGAGAAGAUACAGCUCAGAACAGCUUGAACACUGGAAAUGGGCACUCCACAAAGCCUCCUUUUUCACCGGCCACAUUAUUAACAAUCAGGAGGACGAGCAGAGGGUGGUGAAGAAUGUGAUGAAUUGUGUGUUGAAAGAAACGAACAAGGUGUUGUUCGAGGUUGCCAAGCAUCCAGUGGGUGUAGAUGAAGCUGUGCUGAACUUUGACAAAAUUGCAGUUCAAUCUGAUGGCUCGAAAAAAAUUGUAGGAAUAUGGGCUCUGGGUGGCUCUGGCAAAACCACCCUGGCAAAGAGAAUCUUUAACAACAAAUGCUCGGGCAUGGAUAGGGCAAGUUUUCUUUUCGAUCUUCGAGAUGCUGCAGGGAAAGGUCUGCUGGUUGAGAAGCAAAAAAAGCUUAUGAAGGACCUUGGUGUCGAAAGCGAAUCAUUUGACCAUGUAGAUGAAGGUAAAGGGAUCCUUCAAAGCCGUUUGAGAUCUGUAUCCGUCCUUAUCAUUUUAGAUGAUGUGGAUCAUACAGAUCAACUUGAUGCUCUGUUGCCAGCACGGGAGAGUCUUGGACAAGGAAGUUUGAUUGUCGUUACCACACGCGAGUUGAAUGUUCUUAAAGCAUGGGGCAUCUCUGCCAUUUAUAAAAUGGAAGCUCUCAGUGCCAUUCAUGCCAAGGAGCUCUUUUGUUGGCAUGCGUUCUUACAGCACUCCCCACUGUCGGGAUUCGAGGAUCUCGUCGAGGAGUUCUUAAAUGCUUGCAAAGGUCUGCCUUUGUCGCUUAAGGUCUUAGGGGCACAGCUCUAUGGCAUAUUCGACAAAAACUAUUGGCAGUCUCUAUUACAUAAAUUGUCCAGAAUAUUGCCGGACGAAAUCAAAUUGAGGCUCAAAGUCAGCUAUGAUGCCCUUGACGAUGAAGAGAAAGAAAUGUUCUUAGAUAUAGCGUGUUUCUUUAUUGGAGAGAGGAAAAGUGUGGCCAUUGCAGUAUGGGAGGGAUCAGGGUGGAGUGGUCUUCAUGGUUGGGAAAGGCUUUUCAAUAAGUGUCUUGUUGAGGUAGAGGAUAGUGGUAUAGGAAGAAUGAUUUGGGUGAAUGGUGGUGAGAGAAUAAGAAUGCAUGAUCACUUGAGCGAUUUGGGCAGGGAAGUUGCAAAUGGACGGUCACCGUACCGACUUUGGUCUCCACAGCAGUCUAUCAAGAUUCACUCUCAACAGGAAGCAAUACAAAUCCGAGGAUUGGCAAACGCAAUUGGUGACAAUUGUUACCUUCGGCAAGGGAAUAUCAUAGUACACACAAGCCUAGGAAAGCGUAGUCUCACGCUCGGCUCCCUUGGAUUGAAAAUUUUUGUUGGUAAUGGAGAUUUUAUUAAUCAGGAUCAAGGCGAAAUAUCAAGAGAACUAGUCUGGCUUCAGUGCAAAGAUUUUGAGCAUGAAAAUCUUCCAUCAUGGCUUUCUGUGAAAAAAUUAAGAGUUUUGGAACUUUUCAAUGCUCAUAGCUUAGAAGGUUUGUGGGAACGAGAGGAGGAUGCUCCUUUGCAGCUAAGAGAGUUGGUCAUUUCGGAAUGCAAUAGUUUCCGGGAAUUUCCAAGGUCAAUAGGACAUCUCAAGAAUUUGAAAAAGAUAAUAGUGAGGCAUAUUGUACGUGGAAAUGAUAUAUUGUUCGAACUUCCACAAGAAUUUUGUUAUCUCCAAUCGCUGGAGCACCUGAAGAUAACAUCGUGUGAAAAGUUGUCAUCUCUGCCUAAUAAUUUCGGCGAGUUGGCAAAUCUGCAACAACUGAAUUUGGAAUAUUGCACCAAGUUGAAGGUGUUACCAGAUUCUUUUAAGAAUCUGACACUCCUGGAACAUCUUAAUUUAGACCACUGCCGUGAGCUCAUCAUCAACUCGGAGUCACAUGUUUUGGAGAACAUGACAAAGCUCGGGUAUUUGAAUCUCAAUCAGUGCAAGAAAGUGGAAGAGUUGCGCCUCCCAGGAGUUUCUCCCUUGACAAAGCUCUAUUUAAGAGGAACCAGCUUGAAGGAACUGCCACCUAACAUCUUUCAGCUAACCAAGUUAACCGACCUGGAGAUAGGGAGUCAGUUCUUGCAAGUAUUGCCAAGCUCUGUUGAAAAUUUGUCCUCUUUGACUAGACUUGCCAUCAUUUGGUGUAAGAGGUUGGAAGCUUUGUCGGAUUCUCUCGAGCAUCUUAAUUGUUUAAAAGAUUUGGUUAUAGAGGUGUCAGGAGUGAAGUGUUUACCAACCCUGCCAGCAACAUUGAAGAACAUAGUUGUUAGAGACUGUAGUGUCUUGAAGGACAUUACAGGUUUACAAGCUCUGAGAUCGCUGGAGACACUGCUCAUCACUGACUGUCGAGAAUUAAACAGGCUUCCUGCAAGUUUUGAGGGCUUAACUUCACUGAAGAAGCUGAGGAUAAGUAGAUGUUCAGAGCUGGAGGUGCUUCCAAGUCUUUCUGGAAUCACUUCUCUAAAAGAAAUUGAUUUGAAAUAUGACCACAAAUUGAAGAGGGUAGAAGGUUUAGAAAAUUUGAUAUCACUGGAGGAGUUGGAAGUACAUACCCAGCAGAAUGUGGUGUCUGUAGUGAAGCUGGAGCAGUGCGAGAGAUUGGAGAGGGUAGUAGUCGUUACAAGCGACAGAUCAGAUGUGAAACCAUAUAUCAGUAAGAUACAGAAAUGGCCAAGGGAUGUGAUGAUAUGCACGAGGGCAGUAGUUCAUGUGGGGUCGCUAAAGAAAUUCUUUGAAAAAUUGCCAAAUCUCUCUGUUGUUGACUAUUCUAGAGUGGUCGAGAAUAGGCCCGAGAGUUCCGCCAAUGCCAAUGCCAUUAUAGUCUUAUAAUUCCAACUUAAGUGGCGUCUUUAUUCAGAACUCGAUAAGGUAUUCAAGAUUUUUUUAUACGGAAUUCGGUGAAGGAAGAUAUUCAAGAUCUUUUCGUACGGAAUUGGGUGAAGGAAAAUGGGCAUGGGUGGGUGUUUUCACACAAGGUUCCCCCUGGCUUCACUCAAUGCACAACAUUAUAA